CCCGUUUUAAUGACCAAACACACAAUUAAAUUAUUUUCAACAGCUGUACAGACAUCAAAUUUUUCUCUCAUUAAGUUUUUCAUAUAUUUACACGUGAAAAUGUACGCAUAAAUAGACAUCGCCUUAGAAAAUUGAUUUCACAGGCAGUGGCACCGCCCAAUCAGCAUCAUCAGCUACCUGUGUUCGUCUGUUGAUGUUAUCUACAGACAAUUCAUUUUGUAUGCUACAAGAUUUCCAAGGUAUACUGAAGAAACGCGUGUUUAAUAUUCGAUUAACAGUUUAAAGACAAAAAGUUGACAUUGAUUUUUAUGCAUUUUUAGCAACGGAGGCUGCGGAUUAAUGUAUUAAAAGCCCGUGCGCGGACUGACGUCACUUAGUAACCCCCAUAACAGAAAAGAUAUCUGCACAACGAAGCGAUCGAUUUUUACAUUGGAUGGUAGCAAGUUGCCGCAUAUUUAAACAGGCUUUGUCGUGUGGCUUGUUUGCAUCUAUGAAACCGGUAUAUGGUAGCCAUUUUGUUGAUGAAAUAUUUAGCCGGAGAUAUGCUUUAGCUAAAAAUAUAUGAAGUUUUCAUACAUGUCCGUGUUUUUACCGGCAUCGCUAAAACGGUGUGAUGAGUAAGGUAGUUGGAUGUAUAUACGAGAGGUGAUUCUGUGAGUCAAUCGCUUUUACUUUUAUAUUCAAUGAAUAUAUGAUAAUAACGAAUUAUUUGGAUUGUACUUAAAAUAUAUUAAUACACCACAUUGUUUGGCUUUUAACAAUUCCAUCUCUUUAGAGCUUGAGCAUACAUAUCAGGCUCAGGGGUGGAAUACAUCGUUAAUUAAAGGAUUUUUAGAUUAAAGACGUGCAUAAAAAUGGGGUGUACUAUGAGUGCAGAGGAUAGGGCGGCCCUUGAGAGGAGUAAGGCCAUAGAGAAAAAUUUGAAAGAGGAUGGUAUCCAAGCGGCGAAAGACAUCAAAUUACUGCUUCUAGGGGCCGGCGAAUCUGGAAAAAGUACUAUCGUUAAACAGAUGAAAAUUAUCCAUGAAGGAGGAUUCACAAGUGAAGAUAACAAACAAUAUAAACCUGUAGUUUACAGUAACACAAUCCAGUCACUGGUGGCCAUCAUCAGGGCAAUGGGAACACUUAAUAUUCCAUUUGGUGAAAAUGACCGAGAGUCUGAUGCAAAAUUAGUUUUAGAUGUGAUAGCACGUAUGGAAGAUACUGAACCAUUUUCAGAGGAACUUCUAGCUGCCAUGAAAAGAUUAUGGGCAGACACUGGUGUACAAGAAUGUUUUGGGAGAUCAAAUGAAUACCAAUUAAAUGAUUCAGCAAAAUACUUUUUAGAUGAUUUAGAUCGUUUAGGAGCUAAAGAUUAUAUGCCAACAGAACAAGACAUAUUACGAACUAGAGUAAAGACAACUGGAAUAGUAGAAGUACACUUUUCAUUUAAGAAUUUAAAUUUCAAAUUAUUUGAUGUAGGAGGACAGAGAUCAGAAAGGAAGAAAUGGAUACAUUGUUUUGAAGAUGUAACAGCCAUUAUAUUUUGUGUAGCAAUGAGUGAAUAUGACCAAGUACUACAUGAAGAUGAAACUACAAAUCGAAUGCAAGAAAGUCUAAAACUGUUUGAUUCUAUUUGUAACAACAAAUGGUUUACCGACACAUCUAUUAUAUUAUUUCUUAACAAGAAAGAUCUCUUUGAAGAAAAGAUUAAGAAAUCAUCAUUGACAAUUUGUUUCCCUGAAUAUACAGGUAAUCAAACAUACGAGGAGGCAGCUGCUUAUAUCCAGGCACAGUUUGAAGCUAAGAACAAAAGUUCAACGAAAGAAAUCUACUGUCAUCAAACUUGUGCAACUGAUACGCAGAACGUCCAGUUUGUCUUUGAUGCUGUUACCGAUGUAAUCAUAGCCAACAAUCUACGUGGAUGUGGCUUGUAUUAGUCUUGGGCUGUCCAGCGUUUGUAUGUGAUUUGUAUUUCUACGUGCAUUGUGAGAAUCAAUGUGACCAUGACAUUAGUAAACAAAUUGACAAACGAUAAACAAUCAUAAUUUGCAAAGUUCCGAAGUACUGUGUAACCGUCUGAAAUAUUAAAUGUGUUAUAACUGUGCAAUUAUGAAAUAGUUUAUCACCAAGAAAUACCUACACAGUGAUUAUUUAUGUUAAACACUAGAAUGUGACUGCUCAUGAUGAGGUGUAACACAGAAAGGUUGAGGCCAAGCCAAAUAAUCAGGACUAGAAUUUUUUUUUUUAGAAAAAAAAAAUGGAUUGUUUUCUGGUCUUGACAUCGAAAGUGAAAGUAGUAUGAUGAAAAGAAAUGGAGGAAAUAUGAAAUAAACCAUUUCUAUAUUGUUGUCACUUGCUAAAUCACAGUACUACAGAUAUUUCAUGAUAUAAAUGUUUUUUCUUUUCAUUUUGCCUUGAAAAUACCGUGCAUUUUUAUGUUAGUAAUUCACAUACAUUUGUCAUCAAACAUCUAAUGUAAUUCUCUGUACUACCUAUAAUAUAUUAAGUAAUCUGUAUUUCGAUGUGAUAAAUAUAGAAUAUGAUAGAUAAUACUUGGGGAAAUUCCCUUUUUAUGCGCUGGUGGAUUUCAGAAUUCAUAUUCAUUUACCGUUGUUCCAGAAGCCACACCUCCUUAUAUAUGCAGAAUACAUUUACUGUAAUGUGACAUUUAUGAUUGACUAAAUAUAGAUCACCAAUAUCAUCAUUUGUGAAUUCUAAAGUCCACCAGGAACAAGAGAUAAAUGGACAAUGUUUGUCCUUUAGAGCUCUUAUAUACAUACUGCAAUUAUUUGUCACGAGUCUGGUAUUAAUUUAUUGAUGACUUGUGAAAUUCUGUAAAGAGCUCAAAUAUUCUGUCUCAGUUUUUCUUUUUAAACAAUUCCAUUUAAUAAAAGUGCUAGGGUAAGGAAAAAGAUUAUUAUUUAGUUGUCAACAUUUGUUUUGUUUUGUAAAUGGCAUAGUAAUAUAUAAUCAGAAAGAUGUUUUAGAAGUAACUUAUAUUUUCAUGACUGUACCUCUCUGAUAUCUUCAGUUUAACGCAUCAAUGAACUUAUAUGUACUUUUGUUAUUUUAUAUAAUAGCAGCAUUCAGCAAUCCCAUAAUGCAGUAUUCGGUUAUUCGUAGAGUGCCAGUCCACUCUUCGACAAUUCACAUCAGGUCGAAAUCACUGCUGUCAUCAAUUUCAGGAUCUUAUUGUUACCCAAACUAGCAAACAUGGUACAAAUUGAAAUAUCAUAUAUAGAUUGUCUGGUAUAUGUUGAUGUUUUCAGUUUUCAUAUUUUGUGUUUUAUACAUGCCAAAAUUUGAUUUAACUUUUUUAUAUUUUUUUCUGUUGUAUUUAUCAAUAGAAAACCAAUAGUUUACAUUCUAUUUUUUUCUAUUUAAAAUUAUUCCUGGAGGAUAACGUCUUUUUUCAAAAUAUUUUACAUUUAGUUCUUUAUCCAUUAUACACUCAUGUAGAAUUAAUACAUUUUGUUACCAUGACUACAGAAAUAUGAAGAACAAGUGUCUUUUUGUCUCAAUGAUCUUAAUGACAAACUGAACAAUUUUAUGCAUUUUUCCUUUUUAAGUGCAUGAGAAAUAUGUAAAUUAUUAAACAGGAGAUAAUAGGGAAGGGAUCGUGCAAUUUCUGGGAGGAUUUCACCGAUUUUCACAGCUUCAAAUUAUAGUAAUAGUAGUAUUAUUUAUGUAUAUUGUAGUCAGUUAAGUUAAACACAUCAGUGUGUGAUAUAGAUAUUACAAUAUUGUUGGAAUUAUUUAUAAAGAUUAUAUGUGACCAUGAUGCAUGUGAAAUCUGAGUGCCUGAGAAGCUUGAUGUUCAAUUUUCUAGUUUCUGUGAAUGUUUGUGCUAUUUAUGGAAAGAUGACAUUUUUGAGAUAUUGUGUAUAUUUGUGGAUAAUUUCCUCUUAAAUGUAGAACAUUACUGGGAAAUUCGUAGCAUUUCUUAUCUGACAGUGGCUACGAUAAUUAACCAGCAUUUUUCAAUAGGCAUAAUCUGGUCUUGCUUGUCACCUGAAGUUCUGAGUAACUAAUAGUAGAAAAAGUAAAUAACUUCAGUUGCAGUAUAAGUACAUGUAUAUAGUUUUAGAGCUAUGGUAAAUCAGAAGUUUAGUGUACCAAAAACAGAACUUUUUGCCCAUUAUAAACCAAGACGACAGAUAAAGUUUAUGUAGAUUGGAUUAUUAUUAUAAACACUCAACCUAUCCAGUUUUCAAUCAAUUUAUGUCAGUUAGUUCUGUAAAAAAAAAUCUGACAUAAAAAUAUAGCGCUAGGUGAUUCUCAGUUUACGAAACAAUGUGAAAUUAAAAUUCUCUAAUAAAACUGUAUAUAACUUUUUAAUUUCGAAUGUACUUUGUAAAAAAUUUAAAAAUCCACCACUUUGCAUAAACAUAUGCUAUCAAAAAAGCUGUGCAAACUUUUAAACUUUGAACUGGUGUGGUAGGGUCAUCUUCCUUCAUGCUGACAAAGUUUUGUUUUGAAAACUUAUAUAUUUUGACCAAAAAUUGUAUUAAAAAAAGACAUCAUAAGUAUUUAUGAUAGUAUGUUGGCAAAUUUUGGCAUCUUGCUUACAAUUAAAGGUUUAAUAAUCUUUUCUUUGUAUGUGAUGCAUUUACUCAAAUGAAAAAUUACUUUCCAGUGGUUAUACGAUAUGCAGUGGGAGCAAAAUUUCCUUUGUAAUUGCACUAUAUAAUCAAAAUUCAGUAAUGAUUUCAUUUCAAAUAUUUAAAGUAAGUCAUACUAGUGGAUCAUUAGUGUUCUCAAUACUUGUAUUUGUAUUAACAGCAAAAUGAAAAAAAAGGAAGUUUUGCUUUAACCAUAAUAACUUUAGAUUUGGGACCAUUUUGUAAUCAAAAUAAUCAUAUUUUCCAUGCGAAUGGUCCAAAUUUCCCAAAUAUGCUUAAUUUUUUUGAGAAAAAUAGCAUUUUUUUUUUAAAGUAGAGUGAAUCUUAAAUUUCCAUUAUUUCUUGAUUUUCUUCCUGCUUAAAAAUGGAAACAGCUGAAUAUAUAUCAGGAUUAAACAGUUAAUAUUUGUGGCGUGUUGAACAAACAAAGGAAAAAAAAUAUUGCUUUGUGCUUGAGGUAUUCUUAAUGGGAUUUCCUGUGAUGUUUUGUAGAAAUAUUGUGUGUAUUAUGACAUUAAAAAAUCGUGUGUUUAUUCAAAUUGUGAUGACAGUUGCUUAAAAGUAAGAAUGCUUAAAAAUUUGUUUCAUUAAAUAAAUAAUGACCAUUUACUAAAAAAAUGUUAAGGCAUAUAAGCUAAAGAAGUACAGUACAGCACUAUAACAUUUAAUAUUUGACAGUAAUCUAUUCAAGAUGAGUAAACUAUGCUCAGAAACUGUUGGAUAUUUUAAAUUCUGUACAGUUAGUUGUGUGUAUUUUUACUGGUCAAUUGCAGAGUUAAAUAGAUUUCACUGCAACAUUGAUCACUCUUUAAGACAAGGAAAUUAUAACCAGAAAUUGUUUUAAGAUUUUGUAUUCCCUGGAAACUGAUACCUUGCAGAAUUUUGAAAAAAAAUAUUUGUUGUUUAUUUUUUAUUCUGCGUGUGCUCAGCCAGUUUAUUACCAUCUUACAAAAAUAAAACAGAAUAAAUUCUAAAUGACUUUUAUUAAACAGAAUUCUGUAAAGUUUUGCAGUCCAACUGAUAAUUAUUUCAUAUUUUUUUUUAUAAAUGUUAAUUAAAAAAAAAUAUUUUGAACAAUGGCAUAUGUAAUAGCUAUUAAUUUUGCAACUUGUUGCAUAUUUCUUUAAAAUGAGAAUUUGAAACCAAAAAUAUCAUUGUUUUCAGACAAAAAAAAUUAGGUCUGAAUUGAAUUACACUUAAUAAAACAUUUUACCAUAUCUUGGCAUAUAUAAGUAUAAAUAUUAAAACAAUUAUCUGUUGUGAAAGUUGCAAAAUUACAAUAUUGUCUUAAAAUUAAUAGCACUAUGUUUGUUUUUAAUAUAAAUAUAUAUAUAUACAUAUACAUAUUCAUGUGUUUAGGGAGAUGAUAAAAGAUUUGAAUUGAAUGCCGACUAUUUUUAGACUAACACUUUUAGUUCAUGUUUUUUAUUUUAUUAGGCAAAUGGUUUUGUUGAACAUAUCGUACGUUUUGUAUUGCAGAUUUUCAUUUCAAUUUUUUUAACUGUUUAUUUGUAUUACUUGCGUUUUGUCAUAUUGUAAUAAUGUGAUACUUAAACAUGCUACACAUAUAACGGUACUUUGUUCUUUUUUUGCCGUGGAUAGUGUUUAUACAUCUAAGAUGCAUAGAUGAAUUCUGAAAUGGCCCUAUAAAGUGUGUAAUCUUUUAAAAAGGGAAACAGUAUUUUUUUCUUCAAGUACGCUACAACCUAACAACUAAGGCUAGUGAUAAAUUAGAAGAAGAAUUUUAAAAAGAGAAAAUGUGUUUCAGAGAGGCAAACUUUUUUAAGGGAUGCAUAGUUUUGAAAAUGGCAGAUUAAUUUAUAAAAUCAGAUUGACAGUUUACAGUUGAAAUUGAGCAUUUUUAAAAAGAUUUCCAGGAUUUCAUACCUUAGGUAUUUUAAAUUUGAAACCUUAAAUUUGUACAUUUGAGUAUCGUAUACCUCUUUUUUCUCAAGUAUGUUUUCAAACAACCAAGAAUUCAACUUUGCUUACCAAAAUUAAAAUGAAAGUUAAAAGACAAAACAUGAAUUAUAUUGAGCUUUACUUAAUAAACUUUUACAAACAUUCAGUAUACUUUUGCUUAAAGACUUUGAAUGGACAAACUGCUCUUUAAGUUAGGUAAACAUCGUUUUCAUUCAAUCUUAGCUUUACAAGUAUUUUAGCCACUACUAUUUCAAAUUAAGUGAUUGCAGAUUAAUUGAAGUUAAUCAGAUAUAUUCUUUUGCUUUAAUGUGAGAUAUGUAUAAAUAUUUUCACAUGUUGAAAAAGAUAUUAAUUAAAACGUAUAGACAAAUAUUUGAAUCUACGUUAAAGAGAUAAUUUUGUGAUGUUGUACAAAAAUAAACAAAUGCUAUAUAACACAAAUUUCUGCUUUUUUCUAUUUUCUAUUAUGUAUCAUUUGACUCUUUCUUGUUACUGACAUGUGCAAUAACUUAUUUUCUCUCUAGUCAAUGUUAAUAAAUGUCACAAUAUUG